UGGAGAUCUCAGGACCAUCAACCACCUCACCCCUUUCCUUUCAGCCCAUUCACUCCAUUUCGGAGCCCCAUUGCGCGGCCAGUCACUGAUAUGGAAUCCCGAGCCCGGCCGGUGUCGGGUGAUGCCCUAGCUCGGUUUGCAUGUGACUUCUGCCAGCAGAAGAAGCUCAAGUGCUCCAAGGAGCUUCCAAAGUGCAGCACAUGUAGGCCAUGGCCUGGGAGUUGCGAAUACUCGCGAGAGAAUCUAGCCCCCAGGCUGGGUCGCUCGGACUUGCGUGAGGGGCCGGGGACCGAGAGCAUGACAACCACGUCUGUGAUUGAAAGUGUCGAGAGAAGACUUGAUCGCAUUGAGCUUGCGGUCCAGAGUUUGACCAGCUCUGUGAACCAAGUACUGGGAACUGUGAAGUCUGCACGCACAGCCACGUAUCCCAGGGGCGAUUCUCACUGUGCUACGUCUAGCAUGGGUGUGAAAGAGCCCCAGCUUUUUAUAGGUCCAUCACACUCGUUCUCCAUUGUUAGAGAUGCAUUGUCGAACGUUGAGGGGCUGAGAAACUCGUCGACAUCCAUAACUGAGCACCAGAACGCCCGGGAAGAUUUGAACGACCUUUCUACUGCCAUCGCUACUGCCGCAGUCGAUGUGCAGGGUCCCGAGGAGGCAGACUCAGCAAUGGGAUUCCACGUUCCUACAAAACAGGCCGGUUACGGAUUCAUCAGUCGGUUUUUGCAAAACGUUGAGCCCGGCGAAGCGAUAUUCUUUGUUCCGCCAGACGACGUCUUGGUGCAGGUGGUAUUUCAUCCAGACAAGGUCUCUCAAAUGGCCUGGGUCGUGUUCUUCAACUACACUAUGCUCGCCUCUGUGUCCACCGACCCUACCCAAGUUGAUAACAUGCGGCUAUUCAGACGGAACACACACCUGGCACUGAAUAACUCGAAAAUAUUCCUACAGCCGAGUGAAGUCAACAUCCAAGCCUUGAUGCUUCUGGCUGUGCAUGGAGAAGACUUCGCCUCUCCAAAUUUGUCAUGGAUGCUUGCCGGACAUGCUUGCAGACAGGCUCAGGCUCUAGGCCUUCAUCUAGUGACCAGCUCGGACUACGACCUACAACAACGAUGGCUGUGUCUCUUCUGGACGCUGUUUGCUAUCGACAAGUCUUGUUCUCUCGCUUUCGGCAGGCCGUCAUUUCUCCCCACAACGUUGUACCGGCAUGUUCCACACCCAGACUGGCGUCAUCUACUCAAGUUCCAGCCACACGAUACGCAUUUCUUCAAUGGCAAACACAAGUCAGAUUCGACCACGUUUGGAGCCCAUGUCUUCAGCCAGAAUAUUGAAUUGGCCAAACUCACAGGGAUGGUGCUGGACUCUCUCGCCCACAGCGAACCCUCUUCCAUCAAGAAUAGUCUGCGAUCCGAGCUCGAUGCAUGGUAUCUGCAGACAAACCAGCUUCUAUCACAGACAAUGGAGAAGGAAAGGGACUCUGUCAAUCCAGCCCAACUGCACGAGAUGACACUAGGGAUCCGCAGCAUGAAGUUUCAGUACUUACAUAUCCUCGUCUUACUGUUGAAGGACGACUUCUCUUACCCGGAGCUUCUGCUGGCUUCUGCACGAGAGGCGGUUUCGAUCCUUCCAUCGAUGGUAUCUAAUUGGACCUCGGUUUACAAUGGUAUAAUCUGGCAACUACUUUAUUAUCCUUUCACGCCGUUCUUCGUCAUUUUUGGCAACAUCAUCCGCGAACCUCGGGCUCCAACAGCCCAGCAAGACCUCACCUUGCUGUCUACAGCAGUGUCUUACUUUGCUAGCAUGAGAUCCCAAGUAAAUCUCCUGGUCAAUCUUUCCUCAAAGCUGGAACACGUCGCAACCGUGUUCCUGCAGCUCGCGCGAAGGCAGGUCGUACACAGUGCUUCUGGAACGGCCACCAAUACCGCCUCUGGGGUUCCCACAAACUCAAGGACACUCAGAACCGGCCAGAGCGAGAGUGGGGACUCCCUCCGACACGAUGGACCAUUAGGUCAAGAAAUUAGGUCCAGUACUUGCGACAUACCGCUGAUGGUGGAUCUCUCAAUGUUCGACGUCGGAUCCAUGGAUAUCAACAGCUACUUGGACUGGCUACCCGCUGACGCUACUGUUCGACCUCGCCAGGACUCUGAAAUGGAUCAUGAUCCGAACUUUCCGUCUGGGUCAAAUCUUUCACGCGGCCGCAAACGGCCGUUUGAUAGCACAUUCGACUGGUUCUCGUGGGAUACCUAUUAUGCCGGAACUGGGUCUGGGAGCUAAUGCUGUGGCCCCUGGUACGACACCAUCUCACAUCACCCCUGCCACCAGCAUAGUCAAACCCCUUUCUUUAUUCUAUCAUGGCCAUUCUGCCGGGCAUCAUCUACAACCAGCUCUUCGUGUCA